GCAACUCUCACCUUAAUUUUACUGAAUGAUUUUUUUUUUUUUAGCUUUUCUCCGGUUAUCAUCGUUGCCGCCUCACCAUUCGUUCCUUUCGAAACCGUUAUUUUCCCGGAUUUUCGAAUCUAAAUUUUUCUUUUUUUCUUCUUGACAUUUUCAUGGAAAUUAAAUUUUUUUUUUAAAAUUUGGUUUUCAUUUUUCAUUUUUUUCUCUGUGAUUUUUGCAGGCAUCCAAAGAAAAGAAAAUGACAACGAGGAGCGAUGAGAAUGAAGCCAAACUAAAGGAACUGUCUAAAAAAUUGGAAGCGCUUCAGAAAGAAAAGCUUGAAUUGAGGAGCGAGAACAAGGAGGUGAAGGAAACGAUCGAGAAACUGACCCUAGAAAUCGAUGAAUUUCGGCACAGGGAAGUAGAAACGAAGACAGAAACGGAUCAAUGGGAAGAUGAAAUGGUGCUGGAAUCGCUGGCCUCGAGAUCCGCCGAACUUGAAAACGAGGUUUCCAGGCUGCAGCAUGAUCUGAUAACUUCGAUGAGUGAAAUAGAUGAAGCGAACAAGGAUGCGGUGGAGUUAAAACGAGGAUUAGAGGAGAAAGCGUGGGUGAUCGAAGGAAUGGAGAAGGAAAUCUCGGAGUUGAAGAAAGAGAAAUUGGAGAUCGAGAAGAGGGAGAGGGAUUUGGAGAGGAAAUUAGGGGUUUUAGAAGUGAGGGAAACGGAAGAGCGGAGUAAAAAAGUUCGACUCGAAGAGGAAAUGAAGGAGAAAAUAGAUGAACUCAAGAAGAAAGCGAAUGCACUCCAGGCGGAGGUGGCCAGAACCAAGGCUGAGUUGGACAAAACCAAUGCGGAAAUAGUAGAGUUUGAGGAAAGGGCCACGUUGUUGGAGUCUAACAUGUUGGAAGUGAAAGAAGGGGUAGAGGGGAAGACGAGUGGAGCCAUUAAAGGGAGGUCGAAGGUUAAAGGGUGGUUGUUGGGAGUGCCGGCGGUGGCUAUCCUUUUUGCGGCUGCUGUGGUGUUUCUCUGUAGUAGGCAGCGGUCCUGACUAACAAUUGCUGCAGUGGAAGAUCAAUGAGGGUCAUUUUCACAAACAUGUGGUGGACGGAUUUGAAAGCGGCUGUGGGACAAAGAAUCAAUGUUGAAGGCCUUGUGUUUUCGGUUCGAGUGUUCGUGAAAGAUCGUCACUUGGCGUUGCCGCAUGUUGCAGUGCGUGAUAUAAGGUGCAUUAAUUGGUCUGAG